UGUUCGGACCAUAUGGUUGACCAAACGAAAAAAAGAGAGAAACCCUCAGAAGAAAUGAGAACGGCGAAUUUGAAAUACCUGUGUAGGAGAGUGUUGCCUGGGUGGACUUGGAAGGUAGAAGGAAGCGGUUAUCGGCUUUAUUCGAAGGCAAGCUCUGCCUCUUCUGCUACGACAGAUGACCGCGGCGAAGGUGAGGAUGCUGCUCCCACUUCGGGGAUCUGCAGGCCCCUAUCGGAGAUACUGAAGGAGCUUAAUAAGAAAGUCCCUGACUCUCUCGUCAAAACCCGUGUCGAGCACGACGGAUUCGCCAUCCGAUACAUUCCCUGGCACACUGUCAACCGCAUUUUAAACUUACACGCUCCUGAGUGGUCCGGUGAAGUUCGGAACAUCUCAUACUCUGCCGACGCCAAAUCUGUCUCUGUUGUCUACCGCGUUACCCUCUAUGGCACUGAUGCUGAGAUAUUUAGAGAAUCAACUGGUACUGCUUCAAUAGAUGACACAAGUUAUGGAGAUCCUGUACAGAAGGCAGAAGCAAUGGCUUUUCGCAGAGCUUGUGCACGCUUUGGCCUAGGGCUCCACCUUUAUCACGAAGAUGUAUCAUGAUUAACUGCUUCUGCCAUUUAGGUUCAACGUCUUUCUAAUUACCAUUUUGUUAUAUUUAUAUGCGACUGGAUAUAUAAAUCGGUUUGUGCUAUAAAGAAGCAUUUUGUUACUUAAUGACCUACUAAGUUGGUCUUCAGGUAUGUUAGGGUUUUUCUUUUGAUGUAUUCUAUUUCUCUUUCUCUGCAUAGUGCAUAGAAUCUGCAGCGGGGAGAAUUAAUAUCCUGCUUGAAGUCUGAUGUAAAACUUUGCAAUAGUUUAUUAAUGGAUGACAUGCUGUACUAUGCCAUAGCAAAAAAUCACU